AUGUCGGACUCGAUAUCGCCGAUUUUCAGCCGACAUUUACCACCGCCGACAAUGUCACAUUUUUUUUUAUUGCUUGCAACAUUUUUACCGUUACAAAUCACACCUUUUAAGUGCACAUCAGGAAAACAUGUGACAUUAAGAGUCACUGCACAAGUGAAACAACGUAUUAAUUCUAAUGCAAAAGUAUUAGCAUUAGUAUUAGUUAAUGCUAAUAUUAAUCCACCACCCCUAGUCAGAUCUGAUGUUGGAAUGUAA